AGCCAUGCAAACUGCAGGAUGAAGCUGGAAGCUGUGGUUGAGCAGCUGCAGAAGCAGCAGCAGAAGCAGCAGCCGCCUCUGCAGAUGGAUUCCAGGGAGAGGCAGCAGAGGCAGAUGCGGGAGGCUCAGCUGCUCUACACGCAGCAGCUGGCCGUGCAGCAGGCCGUCCUGGCCGCCACAUCUGGCAGGCCUUCGGGGGGCUCCCCCGUCAGGCCUUUGGCCAGAGGCCCACCUGCGGCAGGAGCUACCAGGGCUUUUGAUCAGAGCAGCAUGAAUUCAGAGCCAGAAGAGGAGGAGGAGGAUGAAGAGGAGGAGGAAGAAGAAGAGGAGGAGGAGGAAGAGGAAGAAGAAGAAGGGGGGUUGGAAGGUGGCGAUCUUGAGGACGGCACCGACGGCGCUGGCAAAGAGAGCUGCUCCGCUCUGAAGUAUUUUCAUGCUCCCAAAGUUGCUCAUCACAACCAAAGAGUGGCCUCUACCUCCAGCCCUCUGCCGGCUCCGGGGCACCCACGGGGCCAGCAGGGCAAGGAAGAGCAGGGUAAAGACACUACUAAGCAGCCCUACGCGGGGGGCUCCCCGUCUGGCCGCCAGAGCUGGCGCUUGGACGAGCAGCUCAAACAGAACGGCAGCGUGACCUGGAGCGACGAAGGGGAUGGAUGCAGAGGAAGAGAGAUCUCAAGAGACUUUGCCAAGCUCUACGAACUGGACAGCGACCCUGAGCGGAAGGAGUUCCUGGACGACCUCUUCAUCUUCAUGCAGAAGAGGGGAACUCCCAUCAAUCGGAUCCCCAUCAUGGCAAAGCAGAUCCUGGACCUCUACAUGCUCUACAAGCUGGUGACAGAGAAAGGAGGGCUGGUGGAGAUCAUCAACAAGAAGAUCUGGCGAGAGAUCACCAAAGGCCUUAACCUGCCCACCUCCAUCACCAGUGCCGCCUUCACCCUUCGAACCCAGUACAUGAAGUACUUGUACGCCUACGAGUGCGAGAAGAAGUCCCUCAGCUCUCCGGCCGAGCUGCAGGCUGCGAUCGACGGCAACCGGCGGGAAGGCAGGAGGCCCAGCUACAGCUCCUCUCUCUUCAGCUACUCCCCCACCACCACCACGGGGCCUCCUUCCCUCCUCUCCCCCCCAAAGAUCCGCUUCCCCAUCAUCGGCGUGGCGCCAGGCAGCGGCACCAGCAACCCUCGGGUGUCUCCAGCGGCAGCGGCCGUCAGGAAAGGUGACGGCGUGCCCUUGACCGUGUCUAUGCCAAACCGUAUUGCCGUGCCAGUGACCUUGGCUAGCCAGCAGGCAUCUGUGGCAGCAAGAACAGCCACCCUGGAGCAGCUGAGGGAGAGAUUGGAGUCUGGAGAACCUCCAGAGAAGAAGGUCUCCCGGAUGACAGAGGAGGAGCAGCGGCUGGUCCAGCAGGCUCUGCAGCGCAACCUCUUCAGCAUGGCGCGGCAGAUCCCCAUGAAGAUCAAAAUCAAUGGCAAGGAAGACAAAGCAGAGUCGGCGGCGGCAGCGGCGCUGAACGUCUCCCCCAACGGCAUCGGGAGCAUCAACAUGUCGGUGGAGAUCAAUGGCACCAUUUAUGCUGGAGUUCUCUUUGCCCAGAAGCCAGUGGUCCACCUCAUUGCAGGCUCCAGCACCCAAAGCUCCUGCAGCAGCAGCAGCAGCUCCCACUGCUCUCCCAGCCCUACCUCAUCGCGGGGAACCCCCAGCGCGGAGCCCUCCACCAGCUGGUCUCUCUGA